GGUGCUGGAGAGAGCGGCCCGCGAGCACUUGUCAUCGUGCCUUCUCGUUGCGGGUAGCUGGUAUCUCUCUCUCUCUCUCUCUCUCUCUCUCUCCCUCCCUCCCUCUUUCUCUCUUUCUCGACAAGCGAGACGAAAGAUAACGAAGCGAGCAAAGAGAGGAGGAACACGUUGGGUGCGAGAGAAGAAGAGUGCAGAGGAAGAUAAAAGGAGAGAGAGAGACGGAAGAAGAGUCUCUCACGGAGAAGAGAGGUAGAGAGAACGUGGGCGUUGAGUGAUUGUUGUCGGUGCUAGUUUCCAUCGGGAGUCAUGAGGGACACGAGCGAUAUGAUGGAGGACGCCUUGUCGGAGGACACGAUGAUGGAUUGCGGAGGAGAUGGCGGAGGAUUGGAGGAUUUCGUUGAUCUGGCUACCGACAUUACGGAUAAUUCCCCUACAAUACGAGAUGCCGCCGAGAGGUUACUGACGUUGUUAGGCAUGGACGAAGACGACGACGAGGAUCUUCUGUCGUCAUCGGAAGACGAAGGCGUCGAGGUGGACAUCGACGAGCUCGAGGACGAUGACGAGCAGACGGAGAAUACCAAGUUACUUCAUCAGCUCGCUGCCUCGCUUGCCCAGGAACUCAAGUACUCUCAGAAACAGUCUUCAACCUCUAGCAAUAGAGCUGCGCAUCCAGACUCGACUCAUAACGUGGAAAUGAUACAGAACACGAGUUAUCUCGGCCGUGGUUGCCUUCAGGAUCAUCAAGUGGACCAUCCGAAAACGUCUGUUCAUCAGAGCGACAUCGAUUUCGAUCGCGAUCAUUUUUUCGACAAUCUCGACGAGCAGAACGCAAACUUUACAAAGUUCAGAAACUUUGGAAACUUUCGUCAUGAUCGUCAGGGGCUACACAGUCGAUCUUUCGAUUUUACCAGCCUCGAUCGUUGCCGGUGGACAGAUGAUCCGGGAGCUACACAGGCGGUGAGGUCUUUUGGUAGCCAACAGGAGCAGGAUCCUGGCUCUUGGGCAACCGGAUGGGACGCUUGCGCCACCGAGGCUUUACGAUAUCUCGUCGAGGACGAGGGGCUACCGCCUCAUCAUCCCACGGUCGUUGCCAUGAAGAAUCACCUGGAUCUGCAGAGGGAGAGGGCGUUCGCUCAUUAUACUGAAUAUACGGAGACCAAGUCGCAAGACAUGAAUCUGGUUCUGGAUUGAUGGAGGUUCCAGGAUUAAGGCGGUGAGCGAUUAAAGUUAUUUCUCCUGCAGCGCGUCUCUUUGGAGAAACUUUCGAGAACGAGAAAUCUGGGAGAAAUUAAUCUUGUUAUUUAAAUAAAGAGCGAGAGCACAAAGAUGGUGUGUUGUGAGAUCGUUUGUGCAAGGCUCUUUGCUUUCUUACUUUCUUCUUCUUCUUCGAAGAAGAAGAAUUGUAAUUUUUUUUUCGAGUCACGGUUUUUUAUUUAUAAUGUUAUAAUUAAAUAAUGCGAUAUUAUUAUUAUUAUUUUUUUUCUUUGUUUUUCUAUCGAUUUUAUUAUUUUCUUACCCUGCUGAGGCACAAUCGAAUAGAUAUCGAUCGAUAUAUUUAUUACUUUUGUCAAAACAUUGCAUUGAUUAUUAAACAUACAUCUUGAACGAAGCUCUCAAUUUAAUGUCAAUGUAACCGAACAUUGAUCUUAUUUUUAUAAUUUUGAGUGAACGCAUUCAUACGCUGGAUCGAUAUGAGCGUGUUCGUUUUUCAUUAAGAACAAAGUUCGACAAUGAAUAUCUUAAUCAAAAAUUAAGAUAUCUCUUCCUUUUUCAAACAAGCAGUUAAUUGCUCUCCGGGAACGUCAAGAUAGUUUCGGGCGUCAUUAAGAGAAAAAAUUUCUAUAGCAAUUAGAAUUAUUGUGAACUGUAGAAAAACGUCCGGUGAAUCAGAACUAGGACUAUUCUUAGAACAAAUUCCUAGGUUAGUCUACUGUAAGUAAAAAGAGCGAGAUCGAAAGAGUUGAAAUACGAUGAGCAGGAUAACAGAAAGCAGAGGAAAAUAUUUAAACUCGAUAUGAGAGAUAUGAGAUAAGCGUCAAUGAUUUCCGAAUAUUGUAAAAUAUAUUCUCGAUUAUUCGAAACAAUUUUUAUAAAAAAAUAACAUUUAUAAAAAUAAUAGAAACUACAAUCUCAUAAAUUAGAUUUAUGCGAGUAAUUUUUUUUGAAUAAUUCUGGGAAACGAGAUUUUUUUUGUAAAUUGCUGCAUUUUGUCAGCAAUUAUGCGCAAAAUAAUUUUUAGAUGGAUCGUAUAUGAAAAUAUUGGUUACAAUGUCGAUAAUAGGAAAGAGAGAAACAUUUUAAUCCCGAAAAAAUGUUGUACAUAAUCCGAACUAGAGGCGAGAGACGACGAGAGCUCAGAGAUUAGAUAGGAACUUAUUCGGUCGUAGAUUAGCGAAUAAUUACUAGAAGUAGAGAUGCAAAAAAACGGUUUUUUUCUAAUAGAAAAAAAACAGUUGAGAAAAAUGUUUUUUUUUUUUUCAUUGAAAAAAAACAAAUCUUGUUUUUCUUCAUUAUUUUUUAAAAUAUUAGGUUGAAUGGGAAGUUUGUUCCGUUUUUACUAAUAGAUGAAGACCGAAAAAACGGUACGAAAUUUCCAUUUAAUCCAAUAUAACAUUAUUUUUCUUUAUAUUGUUUUUUGUUAACAUAAUAAAAAAAAACUAAAUUUCUUAUAUUUUUAAUUUAUUUUUUUUUCGAAAGUAAUUUUAAUGGAUUAAUGAGACUUUUGUGGCAAAUUACAUCAAAGUCGACAUGAUUCGGAUAAUUUUCAAUUACACGCAUAACAAAAAUUUUUAUUAAUUAAAAAUAGUAAUUACAUAACUACAUAUAUAGCAUUCCAUAGGAUUGGAAUGCGAACUACAUUUAAAAUAAUAAUAGUUAAUUCAAAUCUAUCAUCUAAAAAGUUAAAAAUAAUGAAAAAUCAAUUUGCAGUAAUCAAGAUAUAAAGAUAUUAAAUCUCUGAAAAGAAAACAAAAUUUUGAAAAAAAGAUGUGGUUUUUUUUCAUUAAAAAAACCGUUUUUUAUGAAAAAAGAUUUUGUUUUUUUUCUAUUUACAUCUCUAACUAGAAGCGAAAUUUCAAGCUGAGCCAUCCUCGAUAAUGUUUCUCCUUGACAUGGUUCUUCGAUAACCAGCCCAUAAUAAAAUAGAAGGGAAACGAUUCGAAUUAAACGCCGUACGCGAUGGCUUAUUGUGAAAUUGCCCGAACUUCCAUAUUUUGAUCGUUACUUAAAUCGAACGAUCAUCGUUGCUCAUACACGACGAAUUGAUCGGAAUCGAUCAUAGUGUUAACGUUGGAUCGAUCUGACAUUAAAAAAAAAAAGAAGAGAAGAAGAAAAGCUAGGAUAAAUGAAACAAGAUAAGUAAAACUGAUCUUGCGAGUGACUCAAGAUCGACGAUCGACCUCGAUCGUGUGUCACUUGUCGUAGAAUUUUUAUAUCGUAAUUAAUCGCACGGAAAGGCUCGAGAUUUGUAUGACCAUGAAGCAAAUCGCGGAGAAUUUUUUAAGAGUCCUUUUUCUUGUAGCAAUUUUUUUUUCUUUUUUUCCUUUUUACGGGAAAUAAUCGACGUUCCUCUCACGCGAUUGAUCGUAUCGAGCAGUAAUCUGUAAAUAUGUAUGAUAUCGUUUUAACUUAUACACGACUAUUGUUACUUUUACAAUAAAUCACUGUAGAUAACACUGACCAGUAAAUAAACGACCGCUAAGUUAAU